AUGUGUUCAUUUGUUGGGCUAGUCCGGUGCAUCAACAGGGAAUCCAGAAGAAAGAAAGAGUUUGGAAAGGCUGCCAUUUCAUUGGACUUUAGCGUACAAUUGAAGGAUAUUACUGUAAGGAUAAUCCAUGCAGGUGGGCGAGAAGAGAAGUAUCAAAAUGCGAUUCCUGCAUCUCAAUUAAUGGAAAAAUAUCCAGGGAUGUUUGUUGCUCGGCCACAAGUCUUCAAGAAUCCACAUGAAGCUGUUUUGGUGGCAGAAGAUAUGCUGUUGCCUGGUCACAAAUAUUUCAUAAUCCCAUCUACUACCGUACAGAAACUGAAGCGCAAACACUCACAGAAGGGGAAAGUAAAAGAAUCUGCUGAAGACAAAGAAGCAAUGUUUGAUCAGAAAACUGAUUCGGAUGCAAGUGUAGAUUGGUCAGAUGAGUCUGUUUGUUCAGCAAAGGAUUUCUCUGUCUCUAAAGAAAUGUGGUCUGAAUGCGCAGGCAAAACACACCGAAAAGUGAAGAAGGGAUUUACACCCCCCAUCCAGAAUCCAAGAAUGUGGAGGGACUUGAGUUGGGAACCCAGCCUAACUUCCAUACAAGAGCUCUCUCCAUGACUUUCUCCUUUACACAAGACUUGAUGGUUCACACUACUGUAUCAUCUGGUUUGUAAAAACCUUUAUGCAGUUGAACCACUUAUCUCUGUUUGUCGAUAACAGAGAAACCCACAUGGGUAAGUUGCUUGAAUAAAACUCCUUUUUCACUCUUUUAAUUUUUGUGUUCUAUUUAUGGCCUUGUAUUCUAGAUUAGAGGACCCGUUUUAAUAAUUAUUGAUUCUUUUGGAUUAUUUUUAA